GCGAAAACCAGGCACGGCGCCAGGGAACUGGCGCCGCCGAGACUUGCGACGAUCCUGGCUCAACUUGGCGGGCGCGACCGAGCGCCACCGAGCAGUCCCGAUCUCGGCGGUGGCCCCGUCGUAGCCAUGUGUUGCGGUCCGCCGUGAGUGCUUUGCGACAAGAAGGGAGACGCGCGGUGUCUCCUCUGUGCGUCUUUUUUUCGUGUUUUGUCUCGCGGUGUGACGGUGUCUCGUCCCCGCGAAAUCCGCGGGCUUUCUGCGCGCGUGUCUACACUGUGCGCGACGAGUCGUCGCGACGCAAAACUAACAGUGUCACCGGGACAGCCUCAAUCGCGGGCGUCCGUUCCACCGUUGUGCGCGGACGAGAUCGAGACGAAAACCACACCGGGUGUGUCCCACUCUCGUCGCGCGCGAGAGGAGAACGACCGAGCGAACGAGCCGACGAAACGGAGAAAAGUGCGUACGUGCGCCGCGCGCGCGCGCGCGUGUGUGUAUGUGUGUGUGUGUAUGUGUGUGUGUAAGAGUGUACGUGUCGUGUUUCUCUCUACGGCGUCACUGACGGCUGACGACGGGCAAGAAGGAGCAGCCCGUUGCGUUCGCGCGACUGUUUGGCCGUAUACACUUCGGCAUCGUUUUUCGCGUGUGAGUGCGAGUCGGAGGGAACGAGGUUGGUGGAGGAGGAGUUGGUAGCAGUGACGGUUCUACGAAGAGCAACUGAGCGAGAAGGAUAUAGAGAGGUAGGGAAACAGGGAGAGAGAGAGAAAGAUAGCGUAGCCCGGGCGACUCGAGCGUGAGAUCGAGAGAGCGAACGCAACACGUAGAAAGUGCAGUGCAGACAGAGAUAGAAAGUGAGAAAGAGAGAUAAAAAAAAGUAUGAUACACCGCGCGGCGUAGGUGUGUGCUUCGCCGGGGCUUAGGAGACGCGGGCGUUGUUUGUUUGUGUACGUUUGUGCGUGUGCGCCGCGACAUUCGUAACGGUCGGCCGAGACGAACGAACUUGAGAUCGCGGAAGAGCCGCGGGGAAAAUAUACUGACGAGAUCUUUCCUCAACGUUUCAUCGUUUCGAACCGUCGCGUUGCGUCCUCGUCGCGCCGGCCGCCGGAGUUUUGUAUAUUUCGGUGUUUACCGGGUGUAACGGAGGCAUCGGAGGAGCGGUGCGCGACAUACAACACACACACACACGGGCGAGAACGGAAGGAGUGGGACCGAACGAAGGGCGCGUACGGGAGAAGGAGAGCGACACGGCGGUUAAGGGGAGGAGAGGCGCCGACGGGAGCCAGUGGGAGCGAGGAGUGAGAUAACGACGAAAAAAAAAAUCGGAGUAAUGGUGUAAUCAACGGGUUGCGCUUCGCGAUUUGGCGGUCGCGCGUUCGAUCGGGGUGUGUAUCCGUCGCGGUACGAGAACAACGAGAGUCCGGGACGAGUUCCUUGGCGGUGGCGGCGGCGGCGGCGACGGCGGCAGUGCCUCGUCUGUGUGUAUGUGUGUACGUGCGUGAGAACAGGGUCGCGAGGUGAAGCUCGCGGCGAGUAGCGACGAGCCGCAGCCGGCGGCGACGAACGGUUGGAUUAUAUGCAAUGAGAGGAGAUAUCCCGGGGAUCUAAUACGCUUAACACGGGAGUGAGAGAGGAUACACGGGAGGAACAGCCACGUAGACCCCGCGGGGGAGAGAGAGAGAGAGAGAGAGAGAGAGAGAGAGAGAGAGAGAGAGAGAGAGAGAGUGCGCCUCACCGGUCAUCGUUCGGGUGUAUGCGUGCACGCCUGCCCUCGCCGACACGCGGCAAUGAUGAGAUAUUGAUUAACAAAGAUGAAACAAUCUCCGGAGAGAAAAGGAUGAAGCUUCUUCAUUUAAAGAUCAGAUUCAGAAUGUCAAAGGAUAGCGCACCGUCAUUUCCUCAACCAAAGGCAAGGAAAUUAAGUCUCGAGUUUAAGAUCGGAAACACGUCGAUCAGCCGAAGCGCGGUUCCGUCGGGAAAUCGAAGGGAAGAACCGCACGCUAGGCUGACUGGGAGGAUCGUUUCGAGGGACAUGGCUUAACUCACGACAAGUGGGAGACAGGUGGAGGAGCUACCAUCCUCGGGUCUCAGGAUUCCGAGAACACGGAUGGUCGUCGAGAUUUCCUACGACGUUGGAAGUAAUCACGAGUGGUGUCGGGUGGUGUGUUCGUGAUCUAAGGGGGGGGGCUCAGUGGCUGUGAUCGUGGUGUUGUGUCGGGGAUCAGUGUGUCGUCGGUGAAGAGAGUGGUGAGAGGUAUAUCGGGUUAUGCGUCUCAGCUACACGAGUAAGAAUUAACGACAAGGGCAAGUGUGGUGAAGAGAAAUCAAGGUGGAUAAGAUGUACACACGAUAACCAAGAAGUAGAAGACGCGAGGAAGAAAGAAAGAGAGAGAGAGAGAGAGAGAGAGAGAGAGAGAGAGAGAGAGAGAGAGAGGAGAGACCAAAGAGAUACGGCUAUAUCGCGAAUUACGUCGAGCGAGAGUAGAAGCGAGAGAGUAAGUGAUGUGUUCGAUGGACGAGGCGCGUCUCGCGGGCGGUGGUCGGGGUAAUGAUAACGCGUGUAGUCACGCGCGCUACCACUACUAUUACUUGGUAUCCAAAGUGAGAAACGGUGGGCAGUCGGUGACCAGGCUGGCGGGCGCCGGGGAAACGUUUCCAAGGGCAUGGCGACCACGCCACUAGGCGGUCGCCUCCCUAACGUAAACCGUAAAGGACCAUCUCCGUGCAUCGGUGGUGGUGGUAUUAGUAGUAAUAAUAGUAAUAGUAACAGUGGUGGUAACAGCAGCAACGGCAACACCAGCAACGGUAACAGCGGCAACAACAACAAUAACGGCUUAAGUAAUAAUAACGUUAGUGGUGGUCAGUCAAGGAGGCAAGAGAGAGCACUGAUCGGCAGAGAACACCGCGAUCAUCGUCACCAUCACCAUCACCAUCAUCACCACCAUCAUCACCAUCAUCAUCACCAUCAGAGUCGGGACAAGUCAUCAUUGUCAUCGUCGUCGUCGUCGUCGUCGUCGUCGUCGUCGUCGUCGUCGGGCCAGCAGCGUGAGUCUAAUAAAACAAGCACAGUGGCUGCUAACGCCGGUGAACUGGAUCCGGCCGCGACGAAUGCGACCAAUAACUUUGAGUACGACGACAACGAAUGGGACAUUGGCAUAGGUGACCUGAUAAUCGAUCUUGAUGCGGACAUUGAGAAGACGAGGGACGAGAAAUUGAGCUCGGGGACAGGCAUGGCUUCUACGCCUGCCUCGGCAGCAUCGGCACCGAAUAACGCGAAUCAUCAUCAGUUACAAAACUCAGCAAGUGGUCUCAACUCAAACUCCUCGUCCUCGUCCGUCCCGUCGACUGGCACGAACGCCGGAAGUCAAUCGUCGUCGUCCUCGUCAUCGUUGUCGUCGUCCUCUUCGUCAUCUUCAUCCUCAUCGUCCUCUUCUUGUGGUGUGAAUUCAACGCGUUCCAAUAGUCCCGGCAGCGGCAGUGGCAGCGCGAACGGCACUGGCAGCGCGAACGGGGCCGGUAACGCAAACGGUACCGCAUCUGUAGUCACCGGUAAUAAGCAAGCGUCGGGUGUGAACGUGAGCGGCGUAAACGCCGUCCACGCUAACGCCGGUAAUCCCGGCAAGAUGGCCGUUGAACAUUCGGCCACCGUCGACAAGGGCCUCAAGAUGAAGAUCAAGCGAACGAAGCCCGGUACCAAGACCAGCGAAGCCAAACACGAGAUUGUUAAGUCGAACGAGAUCAACGGUACCGUCUCGUCGCAAGACUCGAACAACGGCACCGCUGCCUCCUCAACGUCCUCGUCCUCGGCCGUCGGCUCGACGUCCGCGUCGGCCGCGGUUACACAAAACUCACAAAAUUCGGAAUGCGGCGCGGCCGGCGGCGGUCAGUCGUCUUCGUCGAAUAAGUCCAAGCCGAGCCACUCGCCGGCAUCCGCUGGCGGCACUGGUGCCGCGCCCUCAUCCACCGCUGGCUCGAAACGCGGCUCGAGCGGUCAUCGGCGUGACAAAGCACGGGACAAGCACGAAAAACCGCAGAGCAAUCACACGCCCCAGCAAACGAAACCGGAGAUGAACGGUACCGCGCGACCGACACCGCAGGGUCAAAAUUCGGCCGGUGGUGCGACGCAGUCUCAGGGCCCAACGCCGGCCGCCACGGCGCCACAACAGACCCAGGGACCACCGCCCAGUUCGAGGACAGGUUUCUCCGUGUCACAAGGCCCCGGGCCACCCGCGACCAGCGCGGCGGCACCCUGUCCGCCGCCGAGUCCGGCGAGCGCCACGGCGGCCGGCGCGCCGGCCAAACCGGAACAGACCAAGGUCGCCGCGGUGCCAGGUCCACCGCUCACGACACCAGCCGAGGAAGCAAUGGACACUGCCGCUAGUCCUCCGCCUGCAAAAAAAAUGAAGACGGAACCAAAGGACAUGUCCGACGUAUGCGUUGGGACCAGCGUGGGGACCAUCACGGAACCGGAGUGUUUGGGACCCUGCGAGCCCGGUACCUCCGUCACCCUCGAGGGCAUCGUUUGGCACGAGACCGAAGGAGGUGUACUAGUGGUAAAUGUUACGUGGAGGGGUAAGACGUACGUUGGGACGUUGCUGGACUGCACACGUCAUGACUGGGCUCCACCACGUUUCUGUGACUCGCCAACUAGCGAUCUGGAUGCCCGCACGCCUAAAGGCCGCGGUAAGCGCGGCCGCGCCGCGGCCAACUCCACACCCGGCAACGACCUGAGCAACUUCACAGAGACGAGGAGUUCCGUGCACAGUAAGCUGCGCAACGGCGGCAAGGGUCGUCGGGGCGCACAGGGUUCACCUGCGGCUAGUCCGAGCCCAGCGGCAUUCGUGCCGCCACGACCGGAUCCGGCAGCGAAGCGGAAGUCGCGCGGACCCGAGGAGGAGCAGGACAAGAACAAGCGACGAGCGCCGCCACCGACGCCACCCAGCGGUUCACCACCUGCUAGUCCAGUAUUGCUCGAAUGUCCCGAGCCGAACUGCAGUAAAAAGUACAAACACAUUAACGGACUUAAAUAUCACCAGAGCCACGCGCAUGGCUCCGCCGACGACGAUGACACCAAGGAAGGUAUCACCAGUAUGUCGGAAAAUGAUGAGAGCAAUAUCGAAGCACCAAGCCCUGCCACGCCAGUGAAGUCGCCGGCGGACAAGCCCGAGGGCACGCCGGUGAGAGCGGCGAGUCCAUCGGCAGCGGGACUGCCACCGGAAACGCCGCCGCCGCCUCCACGAGUUCCAUCACCCAGCAUAGAACCGCCUACGCCUGUGCUCGCGGACAAGAGCAUCGUCAAGCCGGGCGUACUCAGGUUCGGCCAGGACGAUCUUCCGGCGCCCACUUCUACAGCGCCAUCGAGGCAGCAGCAGCAAUCUGUGCAGCAGCAGCAGCAACAGCAGCAACAACAACAGAAUCAGUCUUUAAUCUCGUCAAAUCCGCCCCAAAGCCCCAGUCCCCAUCCCAGUCAAUCCCCCAGGCCCGUGCCUUCGCCACAUCCAAGUACGAAUAUUCCCCAGCCCCUCAACAUCCCGCAGCCACCGCAACCGUCUCAGAUGCAACAAUCGCAUCAAUCGCAGAAUCCUCUUCUGCAACAACCGCAGCCAUCGUUGCAGCAAGUCGGCCAAUCGCCUCAACAGCAGCUACAACCUGGCGUCAGCAGUCAGCAGCAACAGCAGCAGCAGCAGCAACAACAACAACAACAACAACAACAGCUACAGUCAGCGGUUCAACAACAGCUGCCGCCGGCGCAUCAAUUGCAAUCGGUGCAGCAUCCUUUAUCAGCUCAAUUGGGUCAGCCCGCGCAGGCCCAUGUGGUGCAGCCGUCUGGAUUACAGCAACAAGCCAGUCUACAAAGUAUAGCCAGUCAGCACGCGGGUUUGCAGAAUCUUGCAAACCAAGUGUCGCAACAGGCAGCGGGUUUACAGACGGCACCGCCACCGCCAGGUCAUCCAGGUCAGGGUGUGCAAUCGCACUUGCAACAGUAUCCAACUGCGGUAUCGCUGCACGCUGCUGCGGCAAAGAUGCCACAGUUCAAGGUAAAACCUACGGCUGCAUUGAUGCCGGAGCAAGACAAGAGCAAAACGAGCGCGGAUGCACGUGCUCCCAAACCGCAGAGCUACAAGAAAAAAUCGCGAAAAUCACCCGGUGGCAGUCCGCACCCAUCGCCUCUCGAAGCGCCGAUCGUCGAUUCGGCGCGCGAUGAUGUACAAAGCCCGGCCUACUCGGACAUAUCGGAUGACGCAGCGCCAGUGCUAGAGGCCGAACCAGUGGACAAGUCUAAACAGAGUCAAGAAAAAGACAACAAAGCCACGGUGCCAGCACAUCUGCCUGCGCAUUUCAGUAUGUAUCAAUACUAUGGUCAGCCGCCUUAUCUGGUGUCCAACGUUCCGGACAACAAACCGGUGGUAGAUCAGAAGCCGAGCGAUCUUACGCCCAAGCAGGAGAUAAAACCGCUCAACAUACCGCAGAUGCCUUCGAUGGCGAGCUUGCAGAGUGUCGUGUCGGAAAAGGAGAAGAAAGAACUGAGCCAACCUGUACCGCAGCCGCAACAGCAGCCGCACUAUUAUGGCGGUUACGGUGGUUAUAUGCCACCAGGCUAUGCCUAUCAGCCACCGCAGCCGGUUUCGCAGCAGCAACAGAGUCAGCAGUCGCAGGAUCAGGAAUCGCAUGAACAGAAGACUAAGAUUAAGCAGGAGCCACAGCCACAGCCGAGUCUGAAAGACAAACAACACGAAAAUCAUCAGAUACUCAAGGAGAGUAUCGAGAUGAAAAGUCAGAUGAGUCCGUAUCACGUUUAUCACAGUUCGCAGAGUCAACGAGCGGCACCGCCGCCGCCUCCUCCGGGACCUGUUCAAGAUGACAGGAGGUAUUAUCUGUAUCCGAGUGAACAAAGAAGAAAAGAGGAAUCAAACAAACAGAAUCAACAAGCAAAGGUGCCACCGCCUAGUCCAAAGCAUCAGCCGAAGCAGGAAAAACCACAGGAUCUCGGAAAGAGUGAAGACUCAAAGAGCAAGCAGGAGGGCGUAAAGCCGACGAUGGAGACUCAGGGACCGCCGCCGCCGCCUACCUCGCAGUACGCUUAUAUUCAUCCCAGUUAUAUGCAGCCACAGCAUUAUGGUGCGCUGCCAUUCGAUCCAGGUCAUCCAGUUUACCGCGGCCUCAGCCCCAUGCUGGUGCCCGGCCCAUAUUCGAGUAACCCCUAUCUUCACCAGCUGCCUAGGUAUCACGCGCCGGAGGAUCUUAGUCGGCCACCCGGCGGCAAAGCACUGGACUUGCUCCAACACCACGCUAAUCAGUAUUACUCGGCGCACAAGAUACAUGAGCUUCAGGAGCGCGCGCUCAAAUCACCGACGCCCAAGACUUCUGCAGCGUCCGCCAGCCCAUCUUCGGCAGGUCCGACCCCCGCCCGGCCCCCCAGUGGUCCGCCUACGUCAGUUGCAGGCCCAGGCCCACCGCCGGGCCAAGGUCAACAGCCAUCCGGCAAGCAGCAGGGUCAACCGGGUAGUCAGCAGCAGCAACAAGGUGCGGUGGAUGCCAGCGGUGGAAGCCUCGGCAAGGAUAACAGAUCGCCGCCUCCACAGAGACACGUGCACACGCAUCAUCAUACUCACGUGGGCCUCGGGUAUCCCUUAUUGACGGGACAGUACCCCGCCCCCUACGGAGUGUCUAGAUCUAAACAGACCUUGUGGGACCGGUAGCUCGGAAUGGAACGGAGAAUUGCAGAUCCGGGAAGUAUUAACUAAACGACAUUCGGGACCCGAAGUUAGGAUAGGCUGAGGGAGAUCCGCGCGGUCCAUCCAUCGGAACGAGGCGUGGAAGAUGCGCGACGACAGUUCGCGAGGAAGCAGGCGUCUCUUUAGACUGAAGCACGCGAGGACGAACGGCACUGUCGACGUUCUUGCGUCCACGGGGCCACGCUGGCAAAAAUUGCGGCGAGCAUGGAUUAAUGCGUGCCGAGUGCGAGCGCGGCUCCGUCCCCGACUUUCAGAUUUGAGUGUGUCGAGGCGAGGUGGAAUUUUUAUCGAGCGUAGAGAAGCUUAAAGAGCGUGCGAGCGAGCGCGUGUAUGUGUGCAUGUGCAUGUAAGAGAGAAAGAGAGACAAAAAAAUAUAUAUAUAUAACGAUUAUAUAUAGGGUAUACGAGAGAGAUGUAAGAGAGUAGCGAAUCACGUGCGUCGACUGCCUUGUACAAGCAUAAUGCAUGCGUGUGGAUGUGCGUGCGUAUAGAUUCCGUAUCGAUGUAUUUUAUUGUAAAGAAAUAAGACAAAGAAUUUAGGCGUGCGCAAACUUCGAUUUUUGUAGAGAAAUUGUAUAACUUUGCUGAUAACUUAUCUCUUAGGGAAAUGAAGAAUUCAUAAUUGUGUGUUGACCGAUCGCUAAAUGCCGAUAAACGCGACUAGAGGGAACUCGUCCUUAGGCAUGAACGAUUUAUAAAGUCUCGAGGACGACAAAAGAAGAAAAAUGAAAAAACGAGGCGACACGUAAUGCGUUGAUUCUAAAUAAUUAAGUGGCGUUAAGUGACUGUAAAUUCGAUGCUAGAACGCUAUUUGUUUACUAAGAUAAUGGUAGCCAGUGAUGCGCGAGAGCUAAGGGGAGAAAAAAGGGGACAAGGAAUUGAGGAGAAGUGCAGGGGCGAGGUCUGUAGAGUGAGGUAAAUAGGAGGAGCGAAACGUAUAAUUACGUAUGCAUACUAUAUAUAUAUGUAUCUAUAAACUACAUAAUGUUUGUUCAGUAACUACUAUCGUCAUCCAUUUUAUAUAUAUUAUAUGCGAUUAUUGAUUAUUAAUUAUAUUAUUUUAUUACUAUCGUCAGUGUGACGUAAGAUAGAGAGAGAUAAGAGGAGAAAAAAGAGAAGAGAAAGAUAACGGCGGUGUGAGAAAUUUUAUUGGGCAGCGUUUCGCAAAUGCCAAAUCAAAAGAUAUGGCUAAAGAUAUGAUGCGGUUCACAUUUCAGAAGAGAAAAAAAGAGAUAUUUAAUAAAAUGAAGGAAUGAAGGAGCAAGGCAAAACAUAAUGCAUCCAUUUUGCCGAAUGUAAGCGAAAUCGCGAUAGAGAAGCGCGCGCGCACGCAUCUAUGUGAGCGAGAGGAUGUACAUAUAAAUGCUUUGUUUGUGUAUGCAUCUUUGUGUAUAUGUGUGCGUGUGUAUUAUGUGCGUAUAUGCGAAUGAAUGAGAGAAAUAAAAAAUGAUUCGCCUCAGUUUUAGUGGGGCAUCCAGCGGACGAAGGAGUGGGCUUUAAAAAAAAUAAAUGCUGGUGCUGCUCUGUGAUUUUUAUAAAAAAAAAAGCAAAUAAAAGGAAAAGGAGAAUCAGAGAAAGAAAGAGACACAAAAUGAUCGAGGGACUUGAUAUUCUAUGGGAUCUCCACGAGUAUAAAAGAAAUAUUUAAAAAAUGCGAAAAAAGAAUAAGAAGCAACACGCAGAGAGAUAGCUUGAGUACCUGGACCCUGCCCUGGUCCGCGUCUGCCUCCGUGAGCGAAGGUGCAAAAGAAAGAAAAAAAAGGGAGAAAAAAUAAGUGAGUAAGUGAAUGAGUGAGUGAGUGAGUGAGUGAGUGAGUGAGUGAAUGAGUGAGUGAGUGAGAGAGAGAGAGAGAGAGAGAGAGAGAGAGAGAGAGAGAGAGAGAGAAAUGAGAAAUAGAGAAUGAAAGAAGAAGAAUGUACGAGUGCGCCGCGUCGUUUCAACUGUACAGGCUGUAAAAUGUAUUCGCUUUCAGUAAGCAAGGAAAAAUAAAUUUUAAUAUAGAUCGUUAAUCGCUAAUUAGGGAAUAUACGUAGAGGGAGAAAGAUAUGAGGAGAGAAAGAUGGUGAGAGUCGUCGUCGUCUCUCGUAAGCUCAAAGAGCUUUAUUGCACCUUCACGCGAAUCGCACAUUACUGGAAGAAGGGUUACAACUUCGUGGAUUAGAUGGUCGAUCUUCGCUACCCUCGCACUCCUCCUGUCGGUCCCCGUUCGCCCCGUGAGAAUGAGAAACCCCUUGGGACGUGCAACUCGCCCGAGUGUAAUAGAGAGCGUAUGUAAUUAGCAAUUGGAGACAACCUCCGUGUCCGAGAAUACGACACUGUAGCGAGUACUACGUAUAUUUGCCAGGACGUUGCAUAAUCGAUCGUGAGAGUAUCAGGUGAGAAAAAAGAAAGAGUGAACAAGAAGGAGAAAGUAAAAAACGAAAAGGAAGAGAAAAACCGUGUGAAACAAAAGGGUUGAAUUAUAUAUAGAUGCGCGUAUGCAUGUAUGUACGUAUAACAGAAGUAUGAGAGUGGAUAGAAGCGAAUGGUAAACGGCUAAGAGAACUGAGACAUAUAACAUAAUAAACAAGGACCCUUAUUCUCGUCUCCUUUUUUUAGAAUGAUAAAAAUAGUGAGUCGUUACGCUUUAUAUAUUAUACAUCUCGAGUAUAUGAAUAUAUGAGUAAACAUAACGUACAGAGAAGCAGGUGCAGAAGAAGAAAAAAAACAUGCAGGCAUCUUGUCGUUAAAUUGUAAGAUAUUGUGUUCAAACUCCAGAAUGUACUCUGAUCCCCCUUCCUCAGACUACUAUAUAUUAAAUAUAUUGUGCACUAUGCUCCAACUUGUCCAUACAAAUAAAUAUAUUCAAAAAUCU